UCAGCCUAUAUGGACCUCCAGUAGUUCAAUUUAGGCCAUUGCCAUGAACAGUUAUCCUUAGUCAAGUUAACUUAUGAUUGGUUUUAUGAUUGAAACCAAUGAUUUACAUGGGAUGCAAGCAACCAUGAUAAUCAUCUCUGUCAUAGAAGCGCACAUUAACGUAAAUGAUGGGCAUUGGAAUCACCGUAGCGUAUUACGCAUGGGUUGUUGUCUCUCGAUUUGGACCAUAAAAUAAACCUCUCUCUCCUGCCUGGAGUUAAUCACGUAGUAAAUUGCCUGGCCCACAAUAUUCCUCCUAAUGUUUUUCAUUAUCUCGUGAAGGUGAAGCUCUGAACGCGCAGUGUACUGUAUCAGAUUAAACCGUCACAGGACAAGUGUAACAUCAAGAUUUACUAAAGCGGCGGGCUGAAUCCACGGCGAUCACAAGUGGUGGAGAAGGGUUGAGGAUAGGACCACAGACUCAACAGUCGAGGACUGCGCAGUAGUAGAGAUCUAGGACUUGGUUUCAAAAGGAUGGAUUCUUUCAUAUCAAGCUCCAGCAUAGGAACGUCUCCCUCUCCAAGAGAUCGACAAUCACCUGUAAGGUUUGAUCAAGAGAACUCACAGCCAGGAACAAUGGCCGGUCGGGCGGGAACACUUGACUUCCCAUCCGAAUCGUUGUGUAUAAAGUACGGGGAAUUUUUAAAGCACACCGCGGCAGCCUCGGCAACCGCGGAGAGCAGUGGCGGGGAGCAGAGUCAGGAUGAUGACAGUGAUGGCAUUGGCAGGAGUGACAUGGUGCUUUUUCCUGAGGAAAGGCUUAUGGCAUCAAUGGCCAAAUGUGACGCAGGUAAGAAACACAAAGAGCAGAAAGUGCUGAGGCUCAACAUUAACGCCCGGGAGAGGAGGAGGAUGCAUGACCUGAACGAUGCACUCGAUGAACUGAGGUCGGUGAUCCCUUACGCACACAGCCCUUCGGUUCGGAAGUUAUCUAAAAUAGCCACUCUGCUCCUCGCGAAAAACUAUAUCCUCAUGCAGGCGCAAGCACUUGAAGAAAUGAGAAGACUUGUAAGUUAUCUUAACCAUGGAUCCGGCGUUACCGCUGCGAAUACAACUGGUGCACCUGGAUUUGGGGUCUACGACCAGACAGGAUACCCGUUCUCUGCUGGGAUUCCGGAUAGCAAUGCAAAUCUAUUUAAUAAACAUUUCAACCACAAACCUUGAAUAGAGUUGUUGCCAUUGCCUAAAAGGUACCUGGUGUGUACAACUAAAUUGAUGGGACCAACGAGACUGAUUAAGUAAACACAUAUUUCCAGAAUAUGGAUUCUUACUGUAAAUGACUGUUAUAUAUCCAAUGGUUAUUAGGUAUCGGAAAUAACUUGUUUUGGCAACACUAAACGAAAUGACGGUUCCAUAACAUGGUAAAAAAUGGCAAGUUCAGUUUUAUUUAUUUGACCAUUAUGUUGGCCUUCAUAAAUUUUCUUCAGUUUGAUUCGAUGAUGUUCGUUGAAUAAAUUGUAUUGGUGAUAAUACAGA